AUGGCUCUUCGCCACUUCUUGACUCUCUUUCUCGCUACCUCUGCGGCAGCAUCUACCACUCAAACCGACGACAAAGCAUCCACGGAACUAGACAGUGAACUCGUCCGCUUCGAAGAUUACCUCGAUCACAAGGCCAGCCUAGGGACGGACGGUGCCCAGGCUCUCGAGGUGUCACGUCUAUGCGACCUAUGGCUCUGUCUCGGCCCGGACUUCACUGGAGAAUGCUCUCAAUGGUGUUACUACAAAAAUGAGCUUCAGCGGUUCGACGAAAGAAAACAGCGCGAGCAGACAUUGUCUGUCAAGUUUACCGAGUCCGACCGUUGCUUUUUCCACGCUACUGGUGAAGUUGGAUGUGACUUCGACACACUUACCAGUAGCAAGACCUGGCAUCAAAUGAUUUAUAAAGGCAAAAAUGGUAAUUUUGAUGCUAACAUGAAGGGGAAAAUGGGAUGCAUGACUUGCUCUGAUAACACUCCCCGCAGCGGCUCCGUGUAA